AACACGCGAAUUAAACGGGAGCGCAUUUACGCAACACGCUACAUGAUUAUAUUUUGUGUUUGUAAACGCUUGAAAGGUUCAGCGGGGGUUGAUGUUGUUUUUCGUGGGAGGAAAAAAAAAGGGCUGAGGAUGUGUUAGGAGAUGAGGAUUGAUUUGUUUCACCUUACUAGGAAGUGAGUGUUGUGUCCGGGAAGGGGAGGGACUCCGACGACAAGUCUGGGGCGCUGCUGUGCUACUUACAAGGCUGCAGCAGUGCAACGUUUUAAUCCCAAAUACUUGAUUCCGUGCGUGUUGUUGUUUUGUUUUUGUUUUUUGCGUAAGUGUCCGAGAGUCACGCAACAAAGAAUCGAGGCUUUUAUUUUUGUUUACAAGCGCGUUUGGCCCGGUUCUCCUCGGCCCGGCCUGGCCUGCACGCUGUGCAUGUGCAUGUGCAGAGGGAGAGCCUAUAGCGCAGGCUAAUGGCAGUCGUGCUUACUACUGCCACUACCGCACGUCAAGUUGUCCGUGAACUUUGUCACAUUUCGGAGCCAUGUCCAGCCUUCUGUUGGUGCGGAACGGCGGGAGAGCGGUGUCGCUAAUCCGCGGGGGGCGCAGAGGCACCGACGCACUUUCAGGAGUUCAUCCGGUGGCGCGGCGCUUCAUCAUAGACAUGUCCUACUCAGCGCACUUCAUGGAUUUUAAAGGAUCCUCCAUACCGAGCAGUAUGAAAAAGCUGGUCGUAACCAAGCUUAGUCCUAAUUUCAGAGAGGCCGUUUCUAUGCAAACCGUUGCGGUUCCGACACCCGGAGACGCGGACUUGCUCGUCAGGAAUCGUUUUGUGGGAAUCAACGCCUCCGAUAUUAAUUACUCUGCAGGCCGCUACGACCCCUCGCUGAAGCCCCCCUUCGAUGCCGGUUUCGAGGGUAUCGGUGAGGUCGUCGGCCUCGGCCUUAGCGCCAGCUCCCGUUACACCGUCGGGGACACUGUGGCCUACUUCAGCAGCGGUGCGUUUGCAGAGUACACGGUGGUGCCAGCCAAGGAAAGUGUGCCCGUCCCCGCUGUGAAGCCAGAGUUCCUCACCCUGCUGGUCAGCGGUGCCACGGCCUACAUCGCCUUGAAACGUCUGGGCGACCUGGCCAAAGGUGAGACGGUCCUCGUCACGGCGGCAGCAGGAGGGACUGGGCAGUUCGCCGUGCAGUUUGCCAAACAGGCCGGUUGCCACGUGAUCGGGACCUGUUCGUCCAACGAGAAAGCCGGCUUCCUUAAAUCCCUCGGCUGCAACAGGCCCAUCAACUACACCACGGAAGACCUGGCCAAGACUCUUAGGAAAGAGUACCCACAAGGCAUAGACGUGGUGUAUGAGUCAGUUGGAGGCAGCGUUUUAGAGCUGGCAGUGAACAGUUUGGCCAAUAAGGGCCGGCUGAUAGUGAUUGGCUUCAUCUCUGGGUACCAGACUGCAUCAGGGAUCCCACCCUUCAGAGGAGGAACACUACCGGUCAAGCUGCUUCAGAAGUCGGCCAGCAUUCGAGGUUUCUUCCUGCCCCACUUCUUCAGUGACUACAGGGAGGCCCUGGGUAGCAUGAUGCAGAUGUUUGCCAAAGGGAAGCUAGUGUGUGAGGUGGAUUGUGGGGAUUUGGCGCAGGGGGGGAGGUUUGUAGGCCUAGAGUCAGUCUUCCGGGCUGUGGACCACAUGUAUGCCGGGAAAAACCUGGGCAAAGUGGUGGUGGAGGUGGCACCACCCGCUGUUAGUAAUAGUAAGCUGUGAUGUCACAGAUUGUUGAUGCACUAAUGAAAGUAGAAAAUGAUUGUAAUGUUUAAAAUGACAAGAUGUGAAUUAGGGCUUUAAAUAAUAAUCUUUAUUUUUGUAAGAUGAUUGAUAUGACAUUAAAGGUAAAGCUACAUGAUGCUUCUGUGAAUAAAUAGAAUUUAGCUACUUUAUUUUCUGCUAUAUCUUACUGUGGAAAAUAUGUGCAAUAACGUGAAUAAUACGUGAGGCUUCGAUCAUUCUUAAUUUGCAAGAGUGAAUUUGAUGUAAAACAGAAUCUGUAAAGUAACAUAUCUAUGCAUUGAUUGCACAAAUAUUCCGAUUAAACCUCAGAAACAGUAGCCUCAAUCAUUUUCUGUAGAGAAUAUCUUGACAGCGUUGCCUAAUCUUGUGUGCCCACCCUCUUGUAGAAGUCCACGUCUGAAAUAAUUUUAGACCUGCUGCCAUAAUGUGCCAGCUUU